CUGUCGUGUCGCACACAAUACAGCGCAAAGAGCUUGUUCUUAGACAACCCCCAAGUCAACUUUGCUCCGUCUGCCAACCAUGCUCGCUUGCACCCGUGCCCUCCGCGCCGCCACCGGCGUCCGCUUCGCUGCAGCCAAUGCCGUCCGUGCUCUGUCCACUGGCUCCACCAACACUGGCAUGGACCCAGACCUCCUCCAUAAGGCCACGGAGGUGUUCCUGGAGAACCCAAACAGCUUCAAGAACAUCCCAGUCGACUCGAUGGAGUUUGUGUGUGUGAACGGCCGCGCCCUUGUCCAGAUUGAUGGCAAAGACCCUGUGCAGUCCAUCCUGCACCUGACGCCCUUUGCGCUGACGGGCAUGUCCCACUUUGGGCCGCGCGGUAACUUCGGCGUUGAGCGACACUUUGCGUCCGGCACCGUCAAGGUCGACAAGCUCGAGGACGCCCAGCAGGAGCUGUCUCUGAGCGACAUUGACCCGGCCGACUUUGAGAAGACCAACGCCCUCAUGACCGACUACCUGCAGUGGCUCACGGCCAUCCAGUCAAAGCUUAUCGACCAUGUUGCAGCCAACCUCAGCUCGUACCCGCCACUGGAGCAGAAGUUUUCGUUUCUUCAGCGCAGCGACGACCCGAGCAUGCUCAAGGACGGCAUCCUCAACACCGCAUCGGCCAUCUCACGCACGUGGGAGGGCCCGGAGGGCCAGCAGGUUGAAUACCUUGCCUUCAAGCAGCCAGUCUACAUGAAGCGCAGAAAGGACACCCCCGUUCGUGUGUACACCGAGGCCGACAAGGAGGUGCAGGAGACGCACACCCGCCUCCACGUCCGCCUCUUUGACGAAACGGGCGCUGAGGUUGAUCCAGAUAAGGCCUUCAUUCGCCGCGGUGACGUCGUGUCCUGCACCGCAAUGGUUGCCCCAAUGGUGUACAACGUGGCCGGCAAUGUCGGCAUCACCAUGCGCAAGCGCAUUCGCAACAUCACCCGCAUCCACAAAACACAACCCGUGCGCCGUGGCCCCGUCAGCCCAUAUGGCAACAUUGCAGAGGAGUGAAUGCAUCUCCCCAGACACAUGUGCACGCGUGUCUACUGCCACUGCUGCUGAAGCAUGCAUGCAUGUGGUGUGAUGAUUGUUUGAUACGAGCGAGCGUUGUCGCAGAGUGUGGCGUUGUUGUCCUGCUCUUGUGUGUUUUUGUGUGUCGCUGUCGCUGCCUCAAUGAAAAGAAGACAAAAAAAAGCGAA